UGGGAGGGCGGGGGGAUCCUCCAGUUCUCGUACCGGGCGGACCGUGAGGCGAGGGAGAGGCCAGACCUUCUUUAACGAGCAGAGCAGCGUUCCUCGCCUGCCCGCCUGAGGAGAGCUCCGGGGCGGGCUCACGUAGGAAAUUGCGGGUUUGCGAGGGGAAAUACAGGCGGUCAUGGCCCCGCCGGGCCCCGCUCCCCUCAUCGCCGCUGUGGGGCUGGGGCCCACGGGGGCCGGUAGAGGCGACUUCCAUGUGCAGCUGUUGUCACCAGCGUCUGUUUUUCAUUACUGACUCUGAAACGGGAUUGCUCUGUACCCAGGGAUCCUGAUCCAGAGCUGCCUUAGCGUCGAAGCUGAGGCUUUUCAGAUGUAUUAAGAGUUUUGUGUCUUGCAUCAAGGUUCAGUCCUCAGCUAAUGUUGGGAUUCUUGGGAAUGGGCUUCAUCUGCAGUGGUCUUGUGCAUGGACAACAGGUGCAGGAGAAAAAGCUUACUUCGCACAAAGAUGGCCUUUUGUGCUCUGGUAUUCUGCUUUGCAGAAAUACUGAAAGGGAGAAAACGUAUGUCUGGUAAAGUCUGGUUUCUUACAUAUGUGAAAUCAAGUGGAGAGGAUACAGGCUGCAGUCCCACUUGGCAUCAGUGGAGAUGGUGUUAAAUUUGAGGGAUGAAGUGAAAGUUUCAGUCCUCCUCCAUAUUAGAUCUUGCUCUCUAGAGAGAUUAGAUAACUUUUUUUUGUGGGUGUUUUUUGGGGUUUUUAUUGUUGUUGUUGGUUUUAGUUUUGGUUGGUUUUGGUUUUUUUUUUCAUUUGGUGGCAAACAGGGAAGGGAACAAAAGAGCAGAAGUAAGCAGCCAUGCACCAAGUAGAAGUUUCUUUGGAAUGGCUGCUGUAACUUUUAGGAGCCAUUCCUACUGUAACUAAAUCUCACUGAGGAAGUACAGUAUAAAUUAAAGCUGCUUAGAAGCCUGCUUGCUUUCCUGAGUGGUUCUGAAUUUAAUAUAUUUCCUGCAUGGAUAUGUAUUCAGGUUUUGGCAUAAAAGCACUUUGGUUUCCAUAAGAAUGGUACAAAUGACAGACUACUGUAGUGACUUCAUGUUGAGUUUAGCUUCUGACUGCACAUAAAUCCACAUAAAGCCUGUCACUAUGUAUGUAUCCCAGUCACCAAGGGUUUGCUUUUUUUGCUUUAAUGACACACAGUUGUCCUCUGCACAGAGGCAGCACAUUAUAGUACUGCUGGAAAGCUUCCAAAGAGGCAACUAGUAAUUAAAGUCACACCCUAUCAUAAAAUUAUGCACCCUCCAGGCCUGUCUAAAAAUUCAGACUAUGAAAAUGAUACAUAGUGUGAUUGCCUCUCUAUUUGUAAUCUUUUAAAAAUACUUUUUAUUUUCUGGCAGGCUUUUAAAAAGCUCUCUUGAAAAGGAGGCAGGAGGGGUUUGGGGUUUUUAUCUGUUUCAGGAAUAAUAUGAAAAAGUGUAAUUAUUUAUGCAUAUUUCAUUUCUGUUACGAUACUGGAGUUUUAGUAUCCUGAGCUAUGACUAGGACAUCCUUGUGCUAGACACUUGAAAAGUGCUCUGAUCCUGACAAGAUUCAUGUGGCACAGAUAAAUAUAUCCUUUUACUUAGCUGUGAAAACGCAUGGUGGUGCUCAAUCCUAACAUCAAUAAGUGCAAAGUGGUCAAAUAAUUUGACUAAGACCAUGUGAUUACAAUUCAGAGCACAAAGGGUAUAGACUUUUCUUUGUACUGAGGAGUUUGUUUUGUGGUGGUGCUCUCUGGGUUUACCCUGUGGUAAACUAGCAGCGUAAGGAGGAAGGAAAAGCAGUGGGGAAAUUUCAAGGCAAAUGCGUGUUCCCUUUCACCUUGAUGUGCACUACAUCCUGGGAUACCCCAGGGUGAAAUAAAAAAAGUGACUGUGUGGCAAAUUGAUGCCUGCUGGCUCUCUUCCAGUACCUCAUGUUCACAGCAAGCAUUUCUCUGAGUGUUUUGAGGAAUAUGUUCUUGUGCGUAACUACUGAAGCCUAGGAACUCAUCUCCUAAAUUGCUGUUCAAGCUGCAUUAUAAGAGAGCAAAAUUCCCACUAGCAGCUCUGGGGGAUGCUAGGUAAGAAUCCUCUAAAAUCAUCAUUUAAAGCUGAAAACUCCGUGGAAAGCUCAAAAGGUUGCUUUGAGAAUUAAAGAGAAAGAUUAGAUCACAUCUGUAUGUGAUCUGAGGAGUUCAAAAGCAAAAGGUAAUGACAUUGCAAGGCUGAAAGAUGCUAAAUGUUUGUUAUAUUCAGUGACUUUAAUGGUGGAGUGUUAGUUCAGAUGUUAAUGGGAUGCAGACUAUGAAUGGGCAAACAUACCAGAUUUCAAGGUUUUGCAACUUUUUUCAAAUUGCUUUUUCGUUUAGAAAACUCAUUUGAACAUGCACUAGCCUCUCAACCCCACUUUUAAACUGAACCCAUGUUAGGAAUUAAUCUAGAGCAGAGCCCAUAUUCUCCACUAGGAACAGAAGGAUGCUUAAAAUACAGCUUGGUACUAGUGUAUUUUAUUCCUAAUCUUUGUUAUACUUUUUGGUUUCCCCUCUUGACUCUUUAUACCAUUUCCUACAACAGUUUCUUAUUUAUUAACUUCUUCCCAGUCCCUUUUCUCUGUUUUAUAAUUUGUUCUAAGCAGGCGGUAAAAGCAGUGAUGCCUGAGAAUGUCAAACUCUUCAAGUCUGUGCCAUCCAAGUGGUUCCAGCCCAAUGCAGAGAUUAUGCCCCACUGGCAAGUGAUCUCGGGAGAGAACUGUGAUGCUUUUGUUUGCUGAACAAAACCUGAUUCAUCACUUUCCUUACAUCACCAGCCAGCUCUCUAGCUUCUCAACACAGAGAUUGCUAUGGCUUUCCUUUAGUUUGCUGCCAGUUCACAGAAAGGGAAGAGAAUGGCUGCAAAGGAGAAGCUGGAGGCAGUAUUAAAUGUGGCCCUAAGGGUCCCAAGCAUCAUGCUGUUGGAUGUCUUGUACAGAUGGGAUGUCAGCUCAUUCUUCCAGCAGAUCCAAAGAAGUAGCCUGCACAACAACCCUCUCUUCCAGUACAAGUACUUGGCCCUUAAUAUGCAUUAUGUGGGUUACAUCUUAAGUGUUGUUCUCCUAACUUUACCAAGGCAACACCUUGUUCAGCUUUACCUGUACUUCUUGACUGCACUGCUGCUUUAUGCUGGGCACCAAAUUUCCAGGGAUUAUGUGAGGAGUGAAUUGGAAUCAGGGUAUGAAGGGCCAAUGUACUUGGAACCUCUCUCUAUGAAUCGUUUCAUGACUGCUUUAGUAGGUCAGCUGGUGGUAUGUACGAUCUGCUCCUGCGUCAUGAAAACCAAACAGAUCUGGCUGUUCUCUGCUCACAUGCUCCCUCUGCUGGCGCGGCUUUGCCUGGUCCCUCUGGAAACGAUUGUCGUCAUCAACAAAUUUGCCAUGAUAUUCACUGGUUUGGAAGUUCUCUACUUUCUGGCAUCGAAUCUUCUGGUGCCCUAUAACUUGGCAAAAUCUGCAUACAGAGAGCUUGUCCAGGUGGUGGAGGUGUAUGGUCUCCUGGCUUUGGGGAUGUCUCUGUGGAACCAGCUGGUCGUCCCAGUUCUUUUCAUGGUGUUUUGGCUUGUCUUAUUUGCUCUUCAGAUCUAUUCCUAUUUCAGUACACGGGACCAGCCUGCCUCAAGAGAGAGGCUCCUCUUCCUCUUCUUGACAAGCAUUGCCGAAUGCUGUAGCACGCCGUACUCGCUGCUGGGCUUGGUCUUUACAGUCUCUUUUGUUGCUUUGGGAGUUCUGACUCUCUGCAAGUUUUACUUGCAGGGUUACCGAGCAUUCAUGAACGAUCCUGCUAUGAACAGGGGAAUGACUGAAGGAGUCACACUCCUGAUCCUGGCUGUGCAGACAGGUUUGAUUGAGCUCCAAGUUGUGCAUCGGGCGUUCCUGCUCAGUAUUAUUCUUUUCAUUGUGGUGGCAUCCAUACUUCAGUCCAUGCUGGAAAUUGCUGAUCCCAUUGUCUUGGCAUUGGGGGCCUCAAGGGACAAGAGUCUGUGGAAGCACUUCCGAGCAGUCAGCCUCUGUUUGUUCUUACUCGUGUUCCCUGCGUACAUGGCCUACAUGAUUUGUCAGUUUUUCCAUAUGGAUUUCUGGCUGUUGAUCAUUAUCUCCAGCAGUAUUCUAACCUCUCUUCAGGUGCUUGGGACGCUCUUCAUUUAUGUUUUGUUUAUGGUGGAGGAGUUCAGAAAAGAACCCGUAGAAAAUAUGGAUGAUGUGAUUUAUUAUGUAAAUGGCACGUACCGGCUGCUGGAGUUCCUCGUCGCUCUCUGUGUGGUGGCGUACGGUGUCUCAGAAACGAUCUUUGGUGAAUGGACUGUGAUGGGUUCUGUGAUCAUCUUCAUUCACUCCUAUUACAACGUGUGGUUGCGGGCCCAACUGGGAUGGAAGAGUUUCCUUCUUCGCAGAGAUGCUGUGAAUAAGAUAAAAUCACUGCCAGUUGCCACAAAAGAGCAGUUAGAGCAACACAAUGAUAUCUGUGCCAUCUGCUACCAGGAUAUGAAAACUGCUGUAAUCACACCAUGUAGCCAUUUUUUUCAUGCGGGUUGUCUUAAGAAAUGGCUGUAUGUGCAAGAAACCUGCCCUCUGUGCCACUGCCAACUUAAGAGCCCUUCACAGCUACCGGGACUGGGACCAGAGCCAGUUCAACAGCCAAAUCCUAGUGCAGAGCAAAAUCCCAGCCCUGGAGAUGCAGCUGAGCCUCCUGGUAUUGAACAUGACAACGGGCCAAAUGUGAAAGACAGCUCUAGCGAGAGCAAUGGACAGGUCACAGGUGGACAGGACGGCCCGGAGGCCUCUGCUGAGAUGGAAGGGUCUCAAAGCAUGGACGGUGACACGAGCCGGUGCGAGGCCAGCCAGGGAGCAGCUUGUGCUGCAGAACUCACUGCAGUCCCGGACAGAUGCCCCGCUCAAGAUCCGAGGGUUUGUGUCCAGCUCUAAGGUGACAAAGGAUGACGUGGGAACAAACACAUUUCAGAGAUCCAAGUCUGACUCAGAAGAAAACCUAUCCUUCCACAGCUGUGAAAGAAGCGUAGCUAUUAAUGCUGGUCAAAAUGUAAUCUCCCAUGCUGAUUUUUAUGGGCUGCUUGGUAGUGGUAACUCCAGUGAGACAUAGUAGAAAUGACUCCAGAAGCUCUCUGAACUGUGGGCAUAGGAAGGAUGUCUGGAAAUAAAUUGCAGUGAGUGUUUUCAAGAUGUAGGUGAGGAACAAGAGGUCUGUGAGAGGUUGUAGACAGACUGACAGAAUGCUAGCUUUUGUUUUGGGCAGGAAGAGGGUGUCGCAUCGAGCCACGUCCCAGGGUACCUGAGCGGCGUUAAGUGCAGUGAGUUGCCAGUCUCUGGCUGAGGUGCAGCUUUGGUUGCUGACAAAAUCUUUUCUGGAUCGUGAGCAAAAAUCAAAGAUACAACAUCAGUGAUUGUACUAGAAGAUGGAAGCACACUUAAUACGUCAUGUGUAUGCUUUGGGUGUUCUUGGUGGGGCAGUUGCAUUUGAAUUCAUGUAAUCUAUAGUGACUCUUGACUUUUAUGACGGAGUCUUCAAUAUUUCGAUGUAUAUGAAACUUUUGCUAAUAAUGGGCACAGUCUGGGCUGCAUGAAGUGAACUAAAGCUCUAAUGAACACUUUGGCCUCCGCUGCCGUGUGCGGGAGGAAAGUGGGAUAAGUUUUAGGGCACAGAUAGAGGCCUUGCAGUACUGUGCUGUGUAAUGUUUAAUUCUUGCAGCUGAAUUAAAACAGUAUUAAACUCUGGCGAUAUUUGCACUUUGGGAAUGAGUACAUUAUUGUGUAUGAUCAGACUCCGCAAAUGCCACUUUUAAAGCUGUUAAUAGGUUUGCACCUUUUUUCUUUGACAAGGACAUGUCCAUACUUAAAUUUUUACAUUCAUCAUGGCUUCAAGUAGAACUAGGGACUGGGGUGGGGGAAUAGGUGGGAGUAGGGGGCAGGCAAUUUUUUUAUGUGAAUUUUGAUAUGAAGAGAAAAUUAGUCACUUAUUUAUACGAUAGGCUUGACUCAAGUGUUUUUCAAAGUCGGUAUUCCUAAUGUGAAAUGUGAUACUAUUUUAUUUUUAGUAGUAAAUUUGGAUGUAGACUGACAGACAUAGCUGAAUGUCUUAAUAAAUUACAUUUGAAGAUUUUUA